CACACUUUCUUCUAUUUCGCCCAAAUUUUACCACCGCCUCCUUCUCAAACCCGCCAUCACCAACCCCGAAACUUCAGUCAGCCAGGUCAAGUCAACUUGCACCACCACAGCACUGGCAAGAUGAAGUUGAACAUCAGCUACCCUGCCAAUGGCAGCCAGAAGCUCAUCGACAUCGAAGAUGAGCGCAAGCUCGCCGUCUUCAUGGAGAAGCGCAUGGGCGCUGAGGUCCCUGGUGACUCCGUCGGCGACGAGUUCAAGGGCUACAUCUUCCGCAUCACCGGUGGCAACGACAAGCAGGGUUUCCCCAUGAAGCAGGGCGUCAUGCACCCCAGCCGUGUCCGCCUCCUGCUCUCCGAGGGCCACUCCUGCUACCGCCCCCGCCGCACUGGCGAGCGCAAGCGCAAGUCGGUCCGCGGCUGCAUCGUCGGCAUGGACCUGUCCGUCCUCGCCCUCAGCAUCGUCAAGCAGGGCGACAACGACAUCCCCGGCCUGACUGACGUCGUCCACCCCAAGCGCCUCGGCCCCAAGCGCGCCACCAAGAUCCGCAAGUUCUUCGGCCUCACCAAGGAUGACGAUGUCCGCAAGUACGUCAUCCGACGAGAGGUCCAGCCCAAGGGUGAGGGCAAGAAGCCUUACACCAAGGCCCCCAAGAUCCAGAGGCUGGUCACCCCCCAGCGUCUGCAGCACAAGCGCCACCGCGCCGCUCUCAAGAGACGCCAGGCCGAGAAGGUCAAGGACGAGGCCAACGAGUACGCCCAGAUCCUGGCUAAGCGCGUCGCCGAGGCCAAGGCCCACAAGGCCGACGCUCGCAAGCGACGGGCGAGCUCCAUGCGCAAGUAAGCGUUUUCGGCGUUUUAAUGAGGAAAAAGUGGAAAUCAUACCUUGGUCCCCGGUCUGUGGUUUGCAUGCAUUGGGAGUGAGGAUCUCUCGGUCUCGAAUUAGGGGCCAAAAUCACGAAUGUACUAGAAGCAUUUCGGGUAAAUUCAAAUGCAUUCAUGAUGCCAUCUACACGUCCUGCAUUCCUGGGAGCGUCCCGCUUGGACGACUUUGCCUGCCCCCUUGGUAUUGUUGUAUUAUCCUACUAUGCGUCAUGCGGAAACCCGCACUAGGCAUAUACGGUCUCGAUGCUUCCGAGCACCAACAAAACACGGCCUGAGCUUGAGGUGGC